AUGCUCCCAGCUGCUCUGGUUCGAGUGCUAGUGCCUGGAGAGGCACUAUUUCUGGACGAAGUCUCAUCUCUUCCCCCUCCCCGUCAGCCCUUUCCUCUGCAUCAGGUUCUUGUGGCACGACUUCUGCAACUACGGGAGGUCAAUCAUCAGCCCUUCUUCCUUCAGGAAGCGGAGCAAAUAGUCUCCUUCCUUUACCAGGCUUUCCCAAGGCUUCUCACUCCGGAGUGA